AUCAUUCGAGGGCUGCAGUUGCCCGGCACACGCACGCAGCACGCUCCGCGUCACAGGCCGAGAGAGAACACGACACGCGUCGAUCAUGCUCCAGCAUCGGUUUUCCCGGUAGACGCGGCGCAUACAACAGUGACAUUCCGAGACUCGUGUCGUGUAGAAGUGAUAGUGCAGCGCGGUAUAGGUAACACACGCACGAUCCAACAGGUCAUCGGCUAUGAACAGUACUGGGCAGUAGAGGUUGCUAUAUACAGCAUAGGAGUUCUCCAGAGAGCGGUGAAGUGCUUCGCGGAGUGUGAUAUGUUUCCCUCGUCGGCGGCUAUGCUGAAGAAUCUGCAGCAGAGCGCCAUGGCCUCGCCGUCGUUCCUCAUGGAGAACCUGCUCCAGAGUAAGUCGAGCAGCGGCGCCGCCGACCUCACCAGCCUGACCUUGAACUGGGCGGCCAGCCUGGUAGCGCGGCAGCGCGAGCGCGAGUCCGCCGUCGCGGAGAACCUCGCCCGCAUCCAGCAGUCGAACCGGCUCUCCGAGCAGCAGCAGCAGCAGCAGCAGCAGCAGGGGAGAUCGAGGCUGUCGGAGGACUGCGAGCGAAUGCUGUACGGACAGGACAAGGACUCGGAGGCGGGUGACAGUAGGUACGCGAGUGACGGCGGCGCCUCGGCGAUCGACAGACUCAGCGCGAUGGAGAGGCUGUCCGAGCGGAUAGAGACGAGGUCCGGCUCGGCCAUGGACUCGAACAACUCGAUGGACGAGGACCGGGGAUCCGGGGCCGAGCUCGACGCCAUGUCCGAGCGCGACGAGGAGCUCACCGCGAGACUGCCGCCGCAUCAGCGCUUCGAGUUCGUCAGGAGUCAGCAUCAGCAGCAGCAACAGCAGCAGCAGCAGCAGCAGAUGUAUUCCCAGCAGCAGCAGCAGCGGGAGGUGACUGCGAGGAUGGACAGGGACUCGGUGGAGAGACUCGACGGGAACAGUCGGAUCAACGAGGAGACCUGCAGCUGUGGCGACGAGCAGUGCAGCGGAGGCAUGGCCUGCAGGAGGAUCCAGGAGAAGGAGAAACCGCAGCUCAAGUUCAGCGUCAACGCGAUCCUCGGCGGCAACCACGAUCGACGGCCCAAUCCUGAACACUUUCAAGGGAUACCGCCGGGAGCGUUGCCGGCGUUCCUGCACAAUUUACAAAAUUCAACAGGUUACAACAUAGCCAAGCCGAUAGCGAGGCCGGCGGCGUAUCAUCCACACCAUCCGCCUCAUCCGGGUCAUCAUCCCCCUCAGCAUCACUUGCCGCCCAACGCGCAUCACACCUUGCAUCAGCUCCUCGGCUGCAGGGCUCCUUACUUGACUGUCGCCAGUCCGGGCGGCAACAACCACCAGCUGGGCGGUCCAGGCGCCGGAGCAGGUUUCCCGAGCGCGAUGCAGGCCGGUCUCGGCGAGCUUACGGGCAUGAGUCUGGGCUUCCCCUGGGCCGGCAGCGCUCGGGGCAAGCCUCGCCGGGGCAUGAUGAGGCGGGCCGUCUUCUCGGACCUCCAGAGGCGCGGACUCGAGAAGAGGUUUCAGCUGCAGAAGUACAUCAGCAAACCCGACCGCAAGAAGCUCGCCGAGAAGCUCGGCCUCAAGGACUCGCAGGUGAAGAUCUGGUUCCAAAAUCGACGCAUGAAGUGGCGCAACAGCAAGGAGCGUGAACUCCUGGCCUCGGGCGGAUCUCGCGAGCAGACGCUGCCGAACAAGAACAACCCGAAUCCGGACCUGAGUGACGCCGACGGCGACAGGCAACGGCUGGACCUGAGCGACGCGAGCCCCCUCACGAGUCCCCAGAGGCCGGAGGACCACAGCGACAACGACGACGACGAGGAGAUCAACGUCACGUGAUGAAAUCGCUCUUCUAACCAUUGGCUCGACGAGAGGCUGAAUUUUCGCCUGCAACCGGAUGACUGAUUUUCGCGCGUUGCGUUACGUGAUUCAAUCCAGCGCUCGACGGAGUUUCUCGACCGAUAUGGCGGCUCGAAAUUGACGGAUGCCGCGUUCGUUAGUCCGGUGUAGAAUCGAUUGUUGUAACGAAAUUUGCGUUAACAGCGCUAGUUCAAAUGCACAUGCCCUUUUUACGUUCCCGGCUUAGUUUCUAUGCAGCGCCGUUAUGAAGUAUCAAUCAAUAGUAUAUUUUGUCGAAACUGCCUCCAUGAAUCCGGUACAUUUUGAUUCGUUUCAAUUUUACGCAAAGCGCGUGUACAUUGCACUUUGUACUGCGGUAUAUCACAUACUCUUUCAAUACUAUUUAAGAAAAAUUUAUAUCCAUGCGUACAUAUAGAAACAAUAUUCUUGGAUAGUAUACGAAGUAUCUGUGAUAUUUAAAUAAAAUAUAGGGAAUUGACUGUAGCGUCAAUGGUUUGAAUAUUUUCUUUUUUAGCGACAUCUCUAUGUGAAAUAAACAAAAAUUAUAUGAUGGUAAUCGUGUAUAUUAGAUAUUUAAGGUGUUAAUUUUUGUAUAUUUAAUGUAUCAUAAUACUUCGCUUGAACAAUCGAUUCUAUGUUCUCAUUUAUGUUUUGCACACGAGACGUAUCCGAUGAUUAUUUGAAGAUCGUUAAAACCAAAUUAUACAACAAAUUUGUAUCAUAUAGCGUUGACAAAUUUAAUUCACUUGUAUAUUGGAGUUUGCUUAUAUUUGAUCUAAAAAGAAAAGGAAUAAUAUUUAGGCCCUUCGAAAUGUUUGAGAUUGAAUGACCUCAGUCGCAUAUUUCUCCAAUUGAAUUGGACGGAAACUAGUUAAUGUGAGGAAUAAUAUAACGAAGUGAAUUUUUUAAAUUGGAACCAAAGUACUUCUAUGAAUGCGGUUAAUAAAAUGUAAUAUAUUGUAAUUAGAAACUUGAUGUAUCGUCGAAAAAUUCCAUUUGAAAAGGAAUUUUUCUGGUAUUAUUAUUAUUGUUAAGUCAGAAAACGUAAAAAAUAAACUUAAGAAUUAUUGUAUUGUAUAAUGAAAAUGGCGGAAUUUAA